GUGCACGGUUUAUAUUUAAAAAAAAAAAAAAAAAAUCUUGACUGUUACGUUUGAUUAGUUAGCUUGUUGAGGGAAGAAAAAAGAAGAAAAACAAACAAACAAACGAAUAAAUAAAUAAAUAAAAUAAAAGCAGUCAACCGCGACGAUGGAGUGGAAACCGAUGGAAAUAAACCCUGAGAUGCUGAAUAAGGUGCUGAGUAAGCUGGGUGUGAAGUCAGACUGGUGCUUUGUGGAUGUGUUGGGCUUUGAGGAUGAUGCCAUAGCUGGGGUGCCCACGCCCUGCUGCGCCCUGAUGCUUCUCUUCCCAUUGACACAACAGCAUGAGGAGUUUCGCUCCAAGCAGUCGGUUGACCCAUGCAAGGACGUCUACUUUUUGAGUCAGACGGUGGUAAACUCCUGUGGUACUAUUGGAUUGCUGCAUGCCGUGGCCAACAAUCAGGAGAAACUCAGUUUUGAGGGUGACUCUACCUUGAAGAAAUUUCUAGAAGAAACCGCCGGACUGUCCGCUGAUGAACGAGCCGAAAAGCUGGAGCAAAAUAAGGCUAUCCAGGCAGCUCAUGAUGAAGUUGCUGCUGAGGGACAGUGUCGUCCAGAAGCCGACAACGUGAACUUCCACUUCAUCACCUUCGUCAACGUAAAUGAUCAGGUUCAUGAACUUGAUGGCAGAAUGAAAGGGCCUGUGAACCAUGGUGCAACAAAUCCAGACAGCUUUGUCAUGGAUGCAGCAAAGGUGUGUCGUGAAUUUAUAGAGCGAGAGAAAGGGGAAAUGCGCUUCUCUGCUGUGGCGCUCUGUAAGGCCUGAAGAGGAGCUGUGCCCCACGACUGUGACCAAAAACUUCCCCCUCCCUUUCAGGCCAGAGCCCAUCAAUCCUGCACAGUUCACACAAGCUGCCUGCUUAUGAAUAUCAUACACUGUUCGUUCUUUUCUCUAUCUGCCUUUCUUCACCACUGCCAGGCUUAUGUUCUGUUUAACUUAUUUGUAGUAGUUGCACUUGUACCUAAUUGACACGUUCUUGUGAUCGGCUCAGUUCAGUUUGAAAUCAGUUCAGCGCGUGCUCUUAAUGCUGAUUGGUUUGGAUUUCGGAUGUACUCUUCACCAGGAAAGUUGUGUAAUCUGGUGUAGUGCUAUGCUAACCUAUCUGUAAGUGAAGAAUGGGGGACACUGGAGAGGGGUUUCAGUGACUCAGCGAUGCUGUUCAGCACAAAUGUUUCCCAUUGUUGCUAAGAGGGGAAUCUCUUGUUAUUGUGGUUACUGCUAAUGUAGUUUAAAUAAAUGAAUGCAAAAACAAUUUGUUGGCUGUGUUUAAU